UCAACCAUCAAAACCCAAACCAAUCAAACCAAUCCUUACCUUGUUGUUGACCUCUCCCUCUCAAGCAGCUAGAGGAAUUCACAUCUUGGAACUCGGAAAUUUACAAGCUACAUCUUUGGAUUACUGAAUACUCGACUGACUUGGCUGUUGUCCAACCGCAUAGUCUCGUCUCCUCAUUUACCAGGAUCGACCGACGUUCGCCCAUCCGAUUCGAAGAUGAAGGAUGACUCCAGAAGCCCGUCUGGGUCCGAACCCGAGGGCGAUAAUCACAAGAAGGAGAAAAGGCCAAUCUGGGCUCCGAUUCGUGUACCUCCUUACAGGCGCAUCCAAACGGCCGCAGUACUCUUAUGGACUUCUCAACUCUCACUAUGCAUUUCCUUAUUCUUUUUCUUAAUGUCUUACCCGAUCACCUGGCCGAUCCUCCUUCCAUACGUUAUUUGGAUCUUGGUCAUAGAUCCUGCUCCCGAGAAGGGUGGCCGGUUGAAUCAAUCUGUUCGGACCUGGAAGUUUUGGAAUCUAUUUGCGUCGUAUUUCCCAAUCAGUUUAAUCAAAACUGUUGAUUUGCCCAGUGACCGCAAAUAUGUCUUUGGUUACCACCCUCAUGGUAUCAUCGGAAUGGGCGCGGUGGCCAACUUUGGAACGGAAGCGACAGGAUUUUCGGAAAAAUUCCCUGGUCUCAAUCCACAUCUACUCACAUUGAGCACGAACUUUAUCAUCCCAUUCUAUCGAGACCUGAUCCUCAGUCUUGGAAUCUGUUCGGUGUCGAUCAAAUCAUGCAUCUCGAUCCUCAAAUCCAAAAACAAACGCUCAGCUGAUGUCAAGAACAAUAAGGGCGAAGGAAAUUGUUUGGUUAUCGUUGUCGGUGGGGCUGCGGAAAGUUUGUCUGCUCAUCCUGGAACAGCCGAUCUCACUCUAAAACGACGGCUGGGUUUCAUCAAACUGGCCAUUCGAGAAGGAGCCGAUCUCGUCCCUGUGUUCUCCUUUGGAGAGAAUGACAUUUACGCCCAAUUAUCAAACUCAAAAGGCACGGCACUCUACUCUCUUCAAAAACGAUUUCAAGCUGUAUUUGGCUUUACCUUACCUGUUUUCCAUGGCCGAGGUAUCUUCAACUACUCUCUCGGCUUGCUUCCCUAUCGACACCCGAUUGUUUCAGUAGUUGGUAAACCUAUUCGAGUCGAGCAAAAUAAAAACCCCGGGCUCGAAGAAAUCGAAAAGGUUCAGAAAGAAUACAUUGCUGAACUUACCGCAGUAUGGGAUCAGUAUAAAGAUUUAUACGCUAGAAAUCGGAAGAGUGAAUUGACUUUGAUUGCUUAGGAAAAUGGGAUUGAUUCUUUUUUUUUACAAUUUGACUCGGAAAUUUUACUCGUGGAAGUAUUGGACAGAGUUUUCCAUCUGUUUUUAAUUUCCCUUCGGUGUGACUUAUAACUUAUGAUUGUGAAGAUGAUACAUAUAUGAUAUACAAAAGAAACCAAUAUACAUUUCUAUCUAAAGACUAAAUGUGUAUGUUAUGUUAUGUUAUACAAAUGUUCUGUUUAGAUAGUACACCCAACUUUCCACAUG